GCUUACGCACGCAGAAAAUCAAAACUUCCGGUUUGCAAACACGUGUUGGAAAUUUUGACAGAAUGGCUGCAGAUGUACAACAAGCCCAUCGUCCUGGGGCUCUGAAGCAACAAAAUAAAACACACAAACACGGAAAACACAAGAGUAAAGGUCAACUAGACAAAGAAACGAAAGGGAGAGUCAAUGUGAAGACAUCUACAAAGAAAAAUAAAGCUCAACAGAGAAAGCAGGACAGAAAACACCACAUUGCACAAGUCAGAAAACAGAAGCGAGAUGAGAUUUUAAGCCAGAAAAGGAGCAGGGGAGGCAACCUAUCACCUCCUCACUUUGUGGUAGUGCUAUCCCUACAUGAAGAUCUGGAUUUGAGUAGUGUGUUAGAAGUCUUGAAGUCAUGUGACGAGUCAGCUGUUGUCACACAGAAUGAACAAGGGGUCAUCCAUGUCAGUGUGCCAAGAUUUAAACAGCGAGUGUCUUUUUACGUCCCUGAGUUUUCAAACUUGUACGCUGUCAUGGACGCGGUGAAAGUGGCGGACUCCCUGCUGUGUGUCCUCUCCCCAGAGGGAGGGAUAGACGAUUACGGAGAACAAGUACUGAAGUGUCUGUUCGGCCAGGGAAUUCCCUCAGUUACAUUUGUGACACAGGGUCUGAAAAAAUUGGGAGGGAAAAAGCAAUCAGAAGCCAGAAAAUUUAUACAGAAGAAAAUUGAAAAGUGGUUUCCCCAAGAAAAGCUUCAAAGCCUUGACUCAGAACAAGACGGGCUGCUGGUGAUGAGGAAUAUAACAAACCAGAAAAUCAAAGCUGUACACUACAGAGACAACAGACCACACAUGAUAGCAGAGGAAAUUCAGUUUGAGCUGGACAAUGAAGAGGCCCCCACUGGAACUCUAAAGGUGACAGGAUUCCUGCGAGGGAGGAGUCUUUCUGUGAAUUCCCUCGUACAUAUAGUGGGCUGGGGAGACUUCCAGAUGACACAGAUUGAUGCCAGGAAUGACCCCUACCCCCUUAAUGCAAAGACCGACAAACAGAAGGAGGACACUAUGGAGGAGGACACUGAGGACGUGCGGGUCCUAGAGCGGGCCGCCCCGGGGCGUCAGGAAUCCCUACAGAGUGAGAACAUCCCCGGGGAGAUGGAGGGGGAGCAGACCUGGCCCACAGAGGAGGAAAUGGCCGAGGCCGAAGCUGCUUUAAAGGCUAAGACAAAACUGGUAAAGAGGGUUCCUAAAGGGACAUCAGAAUAUCAGGCCUCCUGGAUUGUGGACAGGGAGGAAGAGGAGAUAAAUGAUGAUGAUGAGAGUGAUGACAGUGAUGAGGAUAUGGAGGAAGAAGACAUGAUGGCCGUUGAUGCCUCGGGGUCAGAAUCAGGAGAGGAAGUGGAGUAUGACACAUUGACAGUAACAGAGGCUGGAGAUGUGGCCAAUUAUGACCAGACAAUAGACAUGGAUGAAGAAGAGAGAAUACUGGAGAAAAUCAAAGAAGAGAGAAGUCAUGUUAUGUUUCCCGAUGAAAUUGACACCCCAAGAGAGAAGGAUGCAAGAGAUCGAUUUCAGAGGUAUCGGGGGUUGAAGAGUUUCAGAACCUCCCCUUGGGAUCCUAAAGAAAAUCUCCCCUCGGACUACGCCAGGAUUUUCCAAUUUAAAGAUUUCAAAAGGACAAAGAAGAGGAUUUUGAAGAAUUUAGAAGACGAGGGAGUCAUGAGUGGCUGGUAUAUACAAAUCCAUAUUUCCAAUGUGCCAAAAGAUUUUAUAACAUCCUAUAAACCUGGCACACCUGUUGUGAUUUUUGGCCUGCUGCCACAUGAACACAAGAUGUCUGUUCUUAACUUCCUGUUGAGGCGGGUACCAGAAUACAGGCCACCAAUCAAGUCCAAGGACAGGUUUAUCUUCCAUGUUGGAUUUCGGAGAUACUCUGCAUGUCCGAUUUUCUCACAGCACACAAAUGCUAACAAACACAAGUUUGAAAGGUUUUUUGCCCAUGAUACCGUCACCAUGGCUACCAUUUUUGCGCCAAUAUCUUUUCCUCCAUGUCCUGUCCUAGUGUUUAAAGAACAACAUGAUGGUCAGCAUGAGUUAGUAGCUACGGGAAGCUUACACUCGGUAGAUCCCGACAGAAUCAUCACCAAACGUAUCGUACUCAGUGGCCAUCCCUUCAAAAUCAACAAACGGUCAGCUGUCGUCAGAUACAUGUUCUUCAACAGAGAGGAUAUUGAGUGGUUCAAACCUGUGGAACUCCGCACGAAAUGGGGAAGAAGAGGCCACAUCAGGGAACCUCUAGGAACCCAUGGUCACAUGAAGUGUGUGUUUGAUGGACAUCUGAAAUCGCAGGACACAGUGUUGAUGAACUUGUACAAGAGAAUGUUUCCAAAAUGGUCCUACAAUCCCACAGUACUAAACCCACCUCCAAUGCUGGAGAGUUCUAAUGCUAUGACAGCUGAACCAUCAGGCUAUCAGUUGUUUGAUGACUAGAUACUUAUGCUUAUAUUUGUUUUAAUAAAGGCUCAAAAAUU